AUGUCUAUUCCGGAACUUCUCAAAUCUGGUAUGAGGACAUCAUCACAUAUCAACGAGAAACUCGAAUCCGAGAAGAACUCUAAACAUAUUUUUUCAUUUUGUAAUUCAUUGAAGAAAUUCCAAAAUUCAGAAUUUGUUUCAUUUAGUGCUAAACUUAAAGUAACAAGUUCGCACAAGAAGUCAAUUUGUAAUAUCCACAACAUCAUCACUCCACAAGUCAUGUCUCUUAAAGCUAAGCACGUCAUCUUUGAUGGCGAAAGUAUCCGAUCAUCACCAUUAAUGAGUCAUCGUCUUCAAUGUUCACGUGAUUUGAUUUUCCAACUUGACAUUUCAUCGAUGUCUAUCAUUGUUACAUCUAUUCGCAGUGGUAAUGUUGUUUUCCGACGUACAUCACCAAAAUUUGUUUACAGCACUGGCUUUUCACUUUCUGAGAACGGCCUGUUGUUAGUUGUUGAUUACGCAUUUUGUUUAUCACGUUCAUUCCGAAUCAAAUACGAAUUUGGUAUUCCUACCGAGAUUUCAUCAUUGUCCGCCAUUUCAUUACCAUCUAAACCUAUUUCAGACAUAUGUGGAUAUGAUUGUAUUGUUGUUACAUCAUAUUCAUCCACAUUUGUUAUUUGGGAUGCAUUUUCAAGAACAAUCCACCGCAAAGUUGAUUUUUCAGAAAACAUUGUUACAUCCAAAUUUGAUGAAUCUAGUGGUCUUGUCUGGGUUUUGACCGAGAUUUCACUUUAUUUGUAUAGUAUCAAUGGCAGUCAUCUCGCCCAUCGUGAAUUCAAUAAAUCUAAGACAUCAUCACUUAGUGUUUUUCGAUUAUCUAAUUCCGAAUCUAUUCGCUAUUCAUUAGUUGGUUUUGUUAAUGGCAAUAUUAUUUUAACAUCAUAUCGAGCGGAUUAUUCAUUCAUCGAAAUUAAAGAAUUAGAAAGUCCUCACCAACAUAAAAUCAUUUCUCUUCAAAUCCACGACAGCAACACAUGUUUUACAUCUAGUGACUCCGAUCUUAAUGUUACAUUAUGGACAUCUAUUGGUGUUGUUUCACCACAUUUUCGUCACGAACUAUUAACACGAUGUCCUAUCUGCGGCUCUAUUUCAUCUGAACAAUGUCAAUCAUGCUCACGUCAUUGCUGCAAACGCUGCUGCAUGAACGGCACAUGUCUUUUUUGCACCGGAUUAUCUCUCUAUGUUUAA